AAAAAAUGUUCGCACCUCGAGCCGCUCGCACGUCUCGACGCCGCCAGAGAACCAGCUCCGACGACUCGGUCGGUCCCCCCGAAAGCCAAGAGACAACGUUCUGUUCUACGCCAAUCCGGAGAUACCACCGCUGCGAGCUUGCUGAGAGACAAUGCCGCAGAAGCACAGUCCGCGACAUCGGCCCUGUCCAACGAUCACGACCUAGCUACGGACCCCACUGGCCUUGAGUCGCUACCAAUUCGUGGCGCAAAACCGAGUGAAGCUUCUAAAGGUGAUUCGGAGGGAGCAGUAGCCCUGUCAAAAACAGAUUACUAUAUUGUCAACCAACUUCCAGCUCUGCCGGAUCAGAUCCGAGGCUCACAGUCAGAUCCGUUGAAGUGCUUUUUCGCGCCCGGUCACGACCAUGCCUUAGCCUUGACGCACUCGCAUGCGAUCGUAUGGCCCUACUCGGUCGCCACUUCUUCACCUUCGCCCUCAGAAACCUUUACCGUGUCGAUCCCCAAAUCAUGCAGAGACCCAUACGGACCAGUACCCCUCGGUGCCCUAGUAUCUACAGCCACCGGAGAACACCCUGGUCUUCUAGUCAUCAUUCCUUCGACAGGCAAAAUCAUAUACUGGGAGACUGUAUCGAGCGCGGCAUCUUUGGCAUUGUCUCGACAAAAACAGAAUGGAAUUCAAGGGUCUACCCCCGGACUACUCUCGGGAGAAGUUGCAGUGGAAGUUAUGAAUUGUGAGCCCUCGGGUCUUAUUGUUACAUUUUCCUCUGGGCGAGUAGCACAUGUCACUCUGAGAGACCCUCAGGGCAAGCCCUCUGUAUUGGUCAACUUCCUCAGGAGCACUGGUGGUAGCGGGGGUGGACUCUUCGGCGGAUUGAAGAAUGUUUUGGGAGGUGGAUACUGGAGGAAAGAGGUCACUGCUGUUCACCCAGGUCCCUCCCGCCAGCGGGGUCAGCGGGAUGUGCUCGUGGCUACCUCGACUGGUCUGGUAGAGAUCUGGAGUACCCACUGGCAUCACGGAAGUGCCCUGAAAAAGAAGUACGAUGUCAAGGAGGAGAUCGCGGCGGCACUUCCUUCAGAUAUGAAGAGUGUGACCGAAGUCGAUCUCAAGGUCAUGGAUUUUGCCUUUUCUGCCCAGUCUUCGGACGAACAGGAGUCUGAUGAAUCGUGGGGUCUUUUCGUUGUCGUCAGCACCCCUCAAUCCUUGGAGGCCAAAACAAUGUUUGUCGUCCAGCUCCAAUUAUCUGGAAACCAAUCGCGCGUCCAGUCUUCGUUCGCUGUGGGCCUUCACAGUAUCCCGGCCAUGGGUCAGGAAUUGAAACCCAAGAUUCUGAUCACAACUUCCGAGGAUACUGCUUUCAUCAUACUUGGGCAAUCUCUCGUUAUUCUCUCCCUUACAGCUAUUGAUGAGUCUCCAACCUCCCAACUUCUACACGACGCCCAAAAGUUGGCCCUUCCUUUCCAGGAUACAAUCAAUCUUCGAUCUGGCGAAGAGUUCGAAGUAUUGGGAUAUGGUCCCGAGGAACGCACUGACGAUGAAGAGGGCUCUUCAUGUGUGAUCAUGAUUCGGAACUUUGGUGUUGUUCGAAUCGAUGUGACACCUCAAUUUUCUACAGAGCACGACGUGGAGGAAGGCCCAGUCACGGCUAAACACAAACUCGAGCAGGCCAUUUUCUUCGGUACUAUGGCAAAGAAUCCUCUUAAUCUGGUUGGCGAUGGCGGUCUCGACUUCCCUCCCGAGGAGGUUGAACAAGCCUCCUUGGAAAUCUGUAGGGAGCUCCUUCAAUCCGACACCCGAUUUAUCCCAAGCACUACGAUUUCCAUUGAUCAAAAUCUGCGGCUUCGGGCCAAAGCUCUCAACGACCUUGCGUCUUUACUUUCGAAGAAGGGCAAUCCCUUGGGCCGGACGGCUAGAUGGGAGCUCCUUUGGGGCGCAGAGAAGCUUGCUGCCCAGCGGGCUAUGUGGAAAUUGGAAGAGACGCUCCGCAACAAGAACGAGGGUCUCUUCCUUGGCCAGGUAAUCGAUUCGAUGAAUGACAAGUUCAAGACCAGCCCUAGCGGCGACACCGAUCCUGUCCGCCAGUGGUUCUUGAAGGAUACAUAUCAGAUGGAGCAUAUCAUUCCAUGGAUCAAACACUCUGUCAAGUCUCGUAAGGGCAGCUCCAAGCAGACGCGCAAGAACUCCGAGCAGAUCCUGGAGGCUAGCGAGCUGUUCCUUGCAGUUACAGAAACAGCCUUCCGGUAUCGUGAUGAUCAUGCUUCAAUGUAUGGUCUGGGCGACGACUUUGUGGAGGAUGGCGUUCUUGCCGAUGGAUACGACACGCUACCCGAGUUCUGGACCUCCCGACGAAUGGGAUAUACGGAAGCCGGAGAUCUUCUGGAAAUUGAAAUCGACAGUGUUCUCUCCUGGGUGCAACAAAAGAAAUCUAGCGCAGAUGCACCGGACGGACAAAUUGCGAAGAGACUCGCCGAAAACAGUGCUCGUCACCUUCGAGCUGUCGGUCAGAUGCACCGCGAGCGAACCCGCUGGCUUGCAGCACAGGAGGACCCCAAGCUCAUCGAUGAGGGUGUUUCGAUUGAGCAAUCCUUUGUUAAGGAACGCAAGUGGUCGCUCUUCAAAUUGGCAGGAAUUGGCCAUCUUCAAGACGCAAUCGUUCUAGCGGAGCGGUUCCGUGAUAUGGAAGCUCUGGUCGAACUGAUCCUUGAACUUUCCGACCAAGUUAAGGACCGCGCAGAGAAAGGUCUGGCACUAGAAGGCACGGAAACAUCUGUCUUUGGUGUGGCUCCUAUCGGAAACAGUGUUGCAGAUGUCGAGCGCCGGGUUGCGCAUUAUUUCGACAAGUUUGGCGAGCCUUGGUCAGACGCAUACUUCACACGACAGAUUUCUAUGGGAAAUCCUGGUGCGUUGCUCUCAAUGAGGAAGUAUCAGCGAUGUGUAACCGGCUUCCUUCGGAAAACACCUGCAUAUGCUAAGUUGAGCUGGAUGAACGAUGUGGCCGGCGAAGAUGACUAUGAAUCCGCUGCUUCAUGCUUGGAAAACCUGGCUAUCGGCAGUGAAAAACAACUUUGGAACCACCAUGAGGAUAUCAAGCGCCUCGACGACUCUAUCGCCAUUGACGAGACCCAAGAUAAGCUCUACUACUACAUCCGACCAUUCACCGAUGGCGCAAUCGACCACAAAGCUGAGCAAGAGCUUGCCUUGGAUUAUUUCGGAAGCUAUCUGGCGCAAGAUCGUCCAUCCCUUCACGAAAUCUUAGGCGACGCUCUUUCUACUCUCGUCAACCGAAGUAUCAUCGGAACCGACGGACUUCUUGAUGUCCUCACCCUCAUCGGUUAUGUUGAGGUACCGGAAGACGUUGACAGUGAUCUUUGCGGCCGGGAAUUCUACCAAGCCCUCCGGGUUCUUGAUCAUAGCCGCUAUGCGCAGCGAGACCCUUCAUAUGUAUCUGCCUUGCGAAAGCUGAUUUGGCGACGAUGCAUGAUCAAGGAUGACUGGAAUGCUCUUGGAAAGGCCGCCGAGGGAACCAACGGAGACUCGGCCAGUGCCACUCAUAACACCUCCCUCUACCAGACCUUGUCGUCCUGUUUGACAGAACACUCUGGGUCUAGUCUCCAAUCUCUCUUCCAACCCGUAUCCCCAGCCGAGGCAUUGAUGGCCGACUCCGAGUCAGACAUUCUCGUCUCACGCUUCCGCCCGGAACAAAGGGCCCGUGUUGCUACCGACCUCCAGCGGGAAGACGAUCUCCUACGUGAAUAUAUCGAAACUGGCAAGCUCGACUUCUGGUUCCAAAAUCUCCUGGAAUCAAUUGGAACCCAGACAUCUGCCCAAACAGAUACUCCUGCAGGGAAUGCCGCUUCCCCCUCUCAGGAUCCCAAGGCGCGAUUGACGUUCGUUUAA